AUGGUUGCUGUACAGUCUUACGUUUACACUCUGUUUCUUUGUUUUGCUGCCCUACCCGUUCUGGCGCAAGAAGUUCUCCAUGAUGGAAAGACAUAUGUGAAAGCAGACAACUUUGGCUUCACCUUAAAUCUGGUCUCUGGCCUCGAAGAAGCUCCCUUGGAAGCUAGGUCUCCGGGCGCACUCGGAGAUGCAGUGUUAGAAAAGCGUCAGGGAUCGCGAUGCAUAAAUCCUUUGUGGGAUCACUAUGACUCGGACUUCAGUAUAAAGGAUUAUACUGGCUGCGUCACGGAAGAGAUGGAAUUGAAGUAUGAGCCAGACAAGAAGACCAGAGCCGAUAAUAGAUCGAAGAAAUGCCCUGACGACUUUUGCAAUUGCGAUCCCGCGAAUCCGAAUACGCCUUGCAAUCAGUAUUAUCAAUUUAUAGACUUUUCUGCCAGCCAGCUGAGCAAUAACCACCCUUUCCAGCUUACAUGUGAUGAGUUUCCAUUCGCGAACUCGAAAGAGGGAGGAAAUCCCAAUAGGGGGACAAGCAUAUGUGUGCCGGCCUGGCAACAGAAUAUCCAAGGGGGUUAUCUGAGUGGCAUCGGGAAAAGAGCCAGUGGCCCGGAUAGGUCCUACAUUUUGAAGAUUGUUGGGUGGGACUGUGCCACGCGCCGCCCGAAAAGUGGCUUUUCCACAAAUUGUGGAGGGAGAGCCAAACGGGAGAUAGAGACCACCUCUAGUCGGGAUGUUACAGGCCAGGAUUUGUGGAUGGAUUUCGAACAGCCAGGAGAGAAUUAUCUGCUUCUUUAUAUCGGCGAUUUGCCUCCAGGAGUGUAUACCUACGACCUCAACCUCAAUGCUGGCUCCUUCUCUGACGUUUCCAUCAUCGACAAACUCGGGGAACAAUACGCAGCAAUCCCCGGCUUCAAUGCCAAAAACGGCCGACAAACCAUCUCCUUCAACCUGCAAUAUGGCGCACCAGGACUGGCGCUGAUGGGCAUAACUCGAGAUACGAAUAUCUCUAUGGCAUAUAAUGCCACGGGAGCCACGGGAGCUGAUGCAGUUCCGAAGAAGAGUUCGGCUGCAGGCGCGUUGCUUGGGUUGAAAGAUGGGAAUGGUGAGGUCGGGAUCUUUGCUUUGCCAGGGAUUGUGGCUUUCGGAAUGGCUGCUAUGUGGAUGUAG